GUUCAACUGUAGGCGAGGGAGCAUCCUGCAGAAGGCUCGUUCGGAGUCGUUCCCGUCCCAGACUGCCCAGACAGUCUACCUAGCUAGGAGGAUUGGAAGCAGAAAGAGGCGCCCCUUCAGCUUUGUCUUGGGCGUUCAGCAGGAUCUGGCCGCUUUCAGAAGGGCGUCUAGAGGAAGUUAGGGACCUUGAAGGGAGCAGCAGGAGGUGCAGCCGCACAUGCGGUAAAUCAGACAGAGCAGCGGUAAGGCUCGAUCAGGGCCCUGCAGGGCCCUGCGCAUGUUCAUGCUGCUCAAUAAGACGGCUCCAAUCAGCACAAAGGUGGAGCAACACUCUUUCAAGUUGCAACUAUUCUGCAUAGAGACACGGCGAGUCAGGAAGCAGGUUCUCGAUACUGAGAACCAUGGCUCGGGGAGGGGAUGCUGGUCCGUCCAGUCAACAGGUGCAGCAGACACAGGCGGAUAGGCGGAAGCUCAGGGAGGACUACAGAAAGCUAAAAGACAGGGCAGCAGCUCAAAAGGAUGAACUCCUCCAACCUGAAUCCCACAAGCUUCAGGAAGCUCUCCUGGAAGCAGAUGCUCUACACCAGCAGGUACGGAAGCCGAGAGAGCAGAAGGCCGACGCCGACCUGCUGGCACAGCUGACCGAGGUCACGUUGCAAGCGGCCAAGCAGUUACGGCCGGAUGCUUCUCUCUGCACCCCCACCGCUUUCCUGGGGCGGCUCAUGACGCACUUUACUGGGGGCAUGGACAUGGAAGAGGAGGAGGAGGUCAGCCCUGAGAGGUUUGACUGGCAGAACGCGGGGCGGAUGAUUGGGAUGCCUUUGCUCGCAUCAGCCCCGGGGAUCACUUGCAUGCUCGGCCCAUUGGAUAGUCAGCCAAAGCAGAGGAAGCAGCCCCAGCAGCGAGCAAAGAGGAAACGUCCAGAGGAACAGACCAACCCCGAUGAGAUUGUGGAGCAGACACAGGACGGCAAGGAGAAAGAGACUGAUGCCAACAUGACCACUAUGUUCGAGAUUCUACGCCGGAACCAUGGGGGGAUCCCCUUCGAGCGCCUAUUCUUGAACAAGAAGUCCUUCUCUCAGACCAUUGAGAACCAGUUCUCGCUCUCGUUCUUGAUCAAGGACGGUCGAGCCUCAACACGAAAGAUGGACGACGGUACUAUUCUUGUUGAGCCUCGAAAUGCCCCCAGCAAGGAGGAGUUAGGCACGGGGAAGGCUGAGACGUCAGCAUUCAUGGCUAAGUUCCAGUACAAGGAUUGGCUGGAUCUAAAGGAGAAAUGUCCUGGCAGUGACUACAUGCCUACGAGGAAGGGUGCGAACGAGCCGGCCCAGCCCCCUCGGAAUGGCACGCCUGUGCGGAAGGGGCAGGGCAAGUUCCGGCCUCGGGAGAACUCGUAUAGCCAGCAGCCAGUGGAAGAGGAGUCGGAGGAGGAGGAAGAAGAGGCGUUGGUGGUAAACAGGAGGAGGAAGAAGCAGCGGAGUUAGGGUACUGAUAUAUUGCGAGACAUCCGGGUUGGACGUCAGAUAGAAAAGUAUUGGUUUGACUGCCUCAGAAGGUCUAGGUGUUUCGCGGCGAUGCAAUUCUAUGCCGUUGCGAACAGAGACUGCAAGUCUCGCUUGUGUCAAUGCAGAGCAGUCGAGUCGAUUUGUCAAACAGAACAGCGAGCAGGGCAGAACAUCUAUUGUAUUCACCAGAAGAUCUUUGCGGAGCGUCUGAAGAAAGACACCUGACUCUAGUCUUGCCGCUGCAUUGUUUCAUUAAAGAAGUGGAUUCUCACAGGUUUGUCAGAAGUAUGAUGUAUCCCUGUUUUGUGAGAGCAUUGUUGCAUCACGG